ACGUGGCCAUCAUAUAAAGGGUUACCAUAGGUCAAUUAGGCAGAUAGUUCUGGGAGCGGAAAAGGCUAUAGAUAACAAACGAAAAUCUCUUAUUUAUUUCUUUUUUAGCGAAAAAUCCAUCAGUUACUAUUGUAUGCAGAAACUUGUUCUUUUUACUAGUGGCGUUUAUAAAAUCUUAGUUGUAUGCUUUAAGACGUUUUAAGACUUGCGUGUACGUUUUGUGCCAUUAUGUUCACCUUAAAGACCUUGGUUUUGUGCGCGAUGAGCGUUUGUACGCUGGCUGAUUUGUACCUGGAGCAGUUGCACAGUCCACUACCCGAAUGUCCAUCAAUAUCCACAGUAUGUUCUGGUAUAUUUCAAUUUCCACCUAAGAUAGGAAAGGAUGAAAGUAAUCUCCUUGUUACACAGAUCUGUUCCUGUCCCGGUGGUGGAAUCUGUCCUACUCGUGCCAAUAACCACACCCUUAGAGUUGAGGAGAACUUAUGGUAUGGUUUAUGCAAACCUGUAUCAGAACUAACAAAAUGUUCAAAGAAUGCGAUAGCUUCGCAAACUUUCUUCAACUCAAACAAUUUUCACGACUAUGAUUACUCUGAGGUUAACUGUAAAUGUGGAGCUCAAGAUGAUGAGAAAACGAUGGUAUCAUGGAAAUUUGAACUAAGACCAAAAUCUCAUCCUAAGGGACCAGGAGAAGACAGAAAAUGUGCAGGUACUGGAGAUAUAAUGGAUAAAAGAGACAAUGGAUUGAGUCAUUUUUAUAAGAGAGACCGUUUCGGUAUAAUGGAUGCCUUCUAUAAAAGAGGGGACAAUAACAAAAUGUCUUUUUACAAGCGAUUCCCAGUAAAUUCAUUUUAUAAAAGGUCGCCAAACGAGCAUACGAGUUCAUUCUAUAAGCGUGAUUUGGGAAGAGUGCAAAGUUUCUAUAAGCGAUCUAGCAAUGGUGUUAGUGGAUUUUACAAAAGAGCUGGAAACAAUGGACAGAGUUCGUUCUAUAAGCGAGCUGGUCCAGCAUCAAGCUUUUACAAACGAUCGCCGUUAAAUACUGAAGUUGAAAGUUUCUAUAAACGAGUACCCGGUUCAGCCAUCUCCGGUUUUUAUAAACGUUCACCGGUAUCUAGCUUUUACAAGCGCUCUGGCGAUCUAUCCAGAUUUUAUAAACGCGCACCAGACUCUGAAGGUCAGUCAAACUUUUAUAAACGCGCUAAUGAUUUAUCCAACUUCUAUAAACGUGCACCGGUUUCUGAUGAUAUGUCCAGCUUCUAUAAACGAUCUGGCGAUCUAUCCAGUUUUUAUAAACGCGCUCCAAAUUCUGGCGAUCUGUCCAGCUUUUAUAAACGCGCUAAUGAUUUAUCCAACUUCUAUAAACGUACACCUGAUACUGACGAUAUGUCCAGCUUCUAUAAACGCUCUGGCGAUCUAUCCAGUUUUUAUAAACGCGCUCCAAAUUCUGGCGAUCUGUCCAGCUUUUAUAAACGCGCUAAUGAUUUAUCCAACUUCUAUAAACGUACACCCGAUACUGAUGAUAUGUCCAGUUUCUAUAAACGUACACCCGACACGGAGGAUCUGUCCAGUUUCUAUAAACGUACACCCGACGCCAAUGAUCUGUCCAGUUUCUAUAAACGUACACCCGAUGCCAAUGAUCUGUCCAGUUUCUAUAAACGUACACCCGACGCCAAUGAUCUGUCUAGUUUCUAUAAACGUACACCCGACACCGAUGAUCUGUCCAGUUUCUAUAAACGCUCUGGUGACAAGUCCAGCUUUUAUAAACGCUCUGGAGCUCAGUCUAGCUUUUAUAAACGAGCACUUAACUCAGCUGAUCUGUCUAGCUUCUACAAACGUUCAGACGAUCUGUCAAACUUCUAUAAACAUUCGGGUGAUCUGUCCGGUUUCUAUAAACGUUCUAACGAUUUGUCCAACUUCUAUAAACGUUCGGGCGAUUCAUCUAACUUCUACAAACGCUCCGACGAUCUAUCCAACUUCUACAAACGUUCCGACAAUCUAUCCAACUUUUACAAACGUUCUGACGAUCUAUCCAACUUUUACAAACGCACACCUGGCUCCGGUGAGUUAUUGAAUUUCUACAAACGUGAUCCUCACAGAUUCUACAAAAAAGCUAGGAACGACGACAUGGCUCAUUUUUAUAAACGAUCCCCAAGUUCAGAACUUUCCAAUUUUUACAAGAGAAGAAUAUCGAAUUUCUACAAAAGAUCAAUGAAUGACCACAUAUCUAACUUCUAUAAAAGAUCUGGCGAGAACAUGAGUUCGUUCUAUAAAAGAACUGUAGGCGAACAUGACUUGAACAACUUUUACAAACGAUCAACUAAUAAUGGUCUUGCUAGUUUCUAUAAAAGGUCAGACGGUAACCAACAAAGUUUUUACAAACGAAAUGGCGAAAAAUUAAACAGUUUCUACAAACGGGCUACUGACCAUCAGCAAAAAGGAAAUGUGAAAUCUUUCUACAAACGUGAUACAGCAGCGAGUGUCGGGAACAAUUCAAGCGAGGAGUAAACCGUCCGCUAAGUGCAUCAAUAGAAAUGCAUUCGCCAAAACAAAUCAACAAGGACUGAAAACUCCCUACCGCCUUGUUUUUGCAGCAAUAUUCAACACAGAUGUCAAGAUUAAUUAAGUUGGUAAUAUCUGUCUGAUUACUCACAAUAUUCGUUGGUCAAAUAAAAAUUUUGUUUGUUUUUCUA